AUGCAGUUAGACAAGUACCUCGUGUCUAGAUGUGUUUUUCUUGAUGCAAAGGACAUGCUGUGUGCGUGUGUUCUUCUCUACCACUUCAGAAUCUUUGAGAGGAGGUUUGGGUCUGCUAAGUUUAUGAGUUACUUCAUAGUGACGUACGCACUGAGCAACAUCAUCGAACUCUUCAUCCUCAACCUCAUGCACCUGCUGCAAUAUCGUGUCGAUGCCAUGCCAACCGGAUUGUGGGGGCCAUUAUUUUCCCUGUACGUUCCAUAUUACUGCGACAUUCCAAGAAUCGUCAUCAUGCACAUCUGGGGCUUUCCUUUCACUGGAAAGAGCAUCACCUACGUGGUUGGGCUGCAGAUGUUGAGCACUUCUAUGGAAAGCAUGAUGCUGGCGGGGAUUGGUGUGUUUUCCGGACUUGCAUACUACCACAAUGUCAUCCUCAUGAAGUCGUGGACACACAUGCCAACAUUCAUUGCCCAUCUUUCUGAAAACACCCUCGGUCACAUGCUAAAAUCUCCGACACCGCGUUACUUGAAGCGUCCUAUGGGAGCGACACUGGAGUUGCAGAGGUCCCAGUACAUGGAACAACUGGAGAACAUGGCCUGGCUGCAAUCAUCAUCCUCAUACUCAUCCUCCUCAUCGUCGUCACCUCCUCAACAGGAAGCAAACAACAUCAAUAACUUAUUUGGACUCUUUAGAAGAUAUACCAGUCAGCCAAGAAACACAGCCAUAUCAGAACAGCAGAUCCAGCAGUUGGUGGACAUGGGUUUCCCGAGAGAUGACGCCAUAGAUGCGCUCAACAGGACGAACAAUGACGUCAUCACCGCCACGUCAGUGCUACUCAGAUGAUGAGAACAACUUCUUCAUGCCUACGCACGCACACAUAUACAUAAACACACGUCCCAACAACCUCACAUAAAACUUCAUCUUGCAACAUUUAUAUUUUCUAAACUUUUAAUUU